GGUAGGGGAGGUGACGGCGCGCCGGACCAGGAGGAAUGGCUUGACUUUCCCUGUUAAACCAUCACAAACCAUGGAUGCGCACGGGCGACGCGGCCCCCAGUAGGAGAAUGACUACGAUUCGAGACCCUCAGCGCCCGAGCGUGUCGCAGAAAUCCGCCACGCCAAGCUUCCCCGCCCAGCGCUCGCGGGCAGAGGCCACGUUUUCCCGGCUGAGGCAGCUAGACCUUGACACAAAGGACAUCACACGGCCGGGAGUAAAAUCCGGCAGGGCGGACACCUUGACGUCUCACCUUUUGACACUCUCCCCUUUAUUGCCCGAGAUAUUUAUUGAGUGCCUACUGUGUACCAGGCGCUAUAUCUAUGUGCAUACAAAAACCCUGGAAGGCCGUACUGCAAUAUAUAUACAGUGAUUGUCUCUGCUUGCUGAGAUAACAGGGGUAUCAAGCUUAUAUUUGUGCUGCUAUCCACUUGUAAAUACACUCAGAACAGGAGAAUUUGGAUGCAUUUUUUGACCACAGGUACUUUCUAAGCAUGAUGCAUUUCAAAAGUGGACUUGAAUUAACUGAGUUGCAAAACAUGACAGUGCCCGAAGAUGACAACAUUAGCAAUGAUUCCAAUGAUUUCACUGAAGUAGAAAAUGGUCAAAUAAAUAGCAAGUUUAUUUCUGAUCGCGAAAGUAGAAGAAGUCUCACAAACAGCCAUUUGGAAAAAAAGAAAUGCGAUGAAUAUAUUCCAGGAACAACCUCCUUAGGCAUGUCUGUUUUUAACCUAAGCAACGCCAUUAUGGGAAGUGGGAUUUUGGGACUCGCCUUUGCCCUGGCAAACACCGGAAUCCUACUUUUUCUGGUACUUUUGUCUUCAGUGACACUGCUGUCUAUAUAUUCAAUAAACCUUCUGUUGAUCUGUUCAAAGGAAACAGGCUGCAUGGUGUAUGAAAAGCUGGGAGAACAGGUCUUCGGCACCACAGGGAAGCUUGUCAUCUUUGGGGCCACCUCGCUACAGAACACGGGAGCAAUGCUGAGCUACCUCUUCAUAGUAAAAAAUGAACUACCCUCUGCCAUAAAGUUUCUCAUGGGAAAGGAAGAGACAUUUUCAGCCUGGUAUGUGGAUGGCCGUGUUCUGGUGGUGAUAGUUACCUUUGGCAUCAUUCUCCCUCUGUGUCUCUUGAAGAAUUUAGGGUAUCUUGGCUAUACUAGUGGAUUUUCCUUGAGCUGUAUGGUUUUUUUCCUAAUAGUGGUUAUCUACAAGAAAUUUCAAAUUUCCUGCACUGUCCCAGAGCUAAAUUCAACAAUGAGUGCUAAUUCAACAAAUGCUGACAUGUGUACGCCAAAAUAUGUUACCUUCAAUUCAAAGACCGUGUAUGCUCUACCAACGAUUGCGUUUGCAUUUGUCUGCCACCCAUCAGUCCUGCCAAUUUACAGCGAGCUUAAAGAUCGAUCACAGAAAAGGAUGCAGAUGGUCUCAAAUAUCUCCUUUUUUGCCAUGUUUGUUAUGUACUUCUUGACUGCCAUUUUUGGCUACCUGACAUUCUAUGAAAAUGUGCAGUCCGACCUCCUUCACAAGUACCAGAGUAAAGAUGACAUCCUCGUGCUGACAGUGAGGCUGGCUGUCAUUGUUGCUGUCAUCCUCACGGUGCCAGUGUUAUUUUUCACGGUGCGUUCCUCUUUAUUUGAACUGGCUAAGAAAACAAAGUUUAAUCUAUGUCGUCAUAUCUUUGUUACCAUCAUCCUCUUGGUUAUUAUCAACUUGUUGGUGAUCUUCAUACCCUCCAUGAAGGACAUUUUUGGAGUCGUAGGAGUUACAUCUGCUAAUAUGCUUAUUUUCAUUCUCCCUUCAUCUCUUUAUUUAAAAAUCACAAACCAGGAUGGAGAUAAAGGAACUCAAAGAAUUUGGGCUGCCCUUUUCUUGGGUCUGGGGGUGUUGUUUUCCCUGGUCAGCAUUCCCUUGGUCAUCUACGACUGGGCCUGCUCAUCGGGCAGUGACGAAGGCCACUGAGACCGGCUGAGAAAAGGAGACGUCCCAUCUGCUGCUCAGUCAAGUCACCACACAUCAGCAACCACACGUCAUCACUUCUUUUUCGAGUUUACAGAAGCAAAGAGAAAUUUACAAGAUAUUUAAAAUGGAAUAACAUUUUGGUAGAAAAGCAGAGACCUAUUUCUAUAACAGUUCAUGUCCCUCCAAGAUUUGGGAUCAAUUUAAGGAUCAUGGAUUUUUUUUCCAAAUUUCAUGCAAUCAUAUUUCCUAGUAUUUUCCAUAGUCAGUUAUUUUCCACUCUCCUAACUCAAUUAUUUGUAACGUCAUGGUCUGUAAGAACUUUGAAAACAUCAUCGAUCAUGUUUAUUAUAGAUUCAGAUUCUGAAAUAAUUUUCCUACUGAUGUUCAGCUCACACUAUCUGUACCUUUUUAGAAGAGAAAAGAAUCUUGAAUUGUAUAUAUUUAUUUUGCUUUACAGAAAAAAAUGAUUUCAUAAAUAAUUUGCCUAUUUUGGUUAACAUAGCACACAGGGGUAAUCAUAUGAGGGUCGCAGGAAGCAUGUGAUCUUUGAGGUGACUCCGAUCUCCCUGGUACGAUGCCUGUUCCACACAGAGACAUUCUCUGGUGAAGUCUUCUCAGCUGGGAAGGGAGUGAAAAUGACACUCACCUUGGUAAAUAUAUUAAACUACACAUUUGGGUAAUCUAGGAAAUGAAGUUUUGUUUCCCUCUUGACAACUUGUGUCAAAAUUACUCUGACCUGACUCCAUUUCCAUGGGGGCAGUCCGUGUCACCUUUAUAAUAAAUUGAGGAGCAAGAAUAGUGCAAAAAGAUUGUCCAAAACACCUAAGAAAAUAUUCCUCUGAUGCAGGCAGCCUUCAACCCUGCACUCUACACUGUAUUGUUGAAGGGGAAAACGUUCUCUUGCAUUACAACUCCAGCAGCUUUUCCUCAUGUCCACCAGCUUUUUGCACAGAGAAUAAGGUGUAGCUAACCAAGGAUGAUCUAAGUAAUUCCUGUUUUAUAUAUUGGGUACUUUGGGGGUGGGGGUGGGGUCUUUAAAAGACUUGUUUUAUAUCUAUCUAUAAAUUUAGGUUAUUACAAAUACAAGAUUUUUGUAUCUUAAAUAAGCCUCAUUCCUAUUUCUUCUCCAUUAACAAUCCUUCCAGAGUGUUAGAAAAAGAAAGAGAACCCUCAGAGAUAGUUUUUGAGGAGAACUUGUGACAAAAUCAUUGAGGACCUUCCUUCUCCCAGAUGAGGACCUUGGAGUCCGUGCUGUUCCUUCUCGCUCCUAGCUGAGAGCUGGGCCAUUGCUGCCAUCCCCCUGAGCCCCACACAGGACCGAACUGCCUCCCACUCUUACCCCAGCCCUCUCCUGGGGGGGGGGGCAUGGAAGCUACACAGAGACUGAGAAAGAAGAGUUUGGCAUAAGGUAGCUUGGAAAGCCAUGGGGAGCAGAAACCCAGAACACCCUACCCUGUGGUCUGAUUGUCCGGAUCACACAGAGAAAUGUGUGUGCUCUGGGAGCUGGUCCCUGGAAACAGGCCUCGGUGUUAAUCUAUAUUCUGGUUGAAUUUCUCAAACACAGAAGUUCACCGAGCACAGACUUCUUAUCCUGCGAUAAGUGGAAUCUAACCGCAGACUCUUGGCAGGGUUUCCGGGCACUGAGCUCUGGGUUCUGUUCCUCGUCCACUCAGAUCCCUGGAGGCCUCCACACUCUGGGAGAACCAUGGGACUGUCCCCUCCCCUCUACAGACCACUGCCCCAUAGGAAAGGCAGACAUCAGAGCACCUUGUCGCAAUCCUCUUGGGGGAGAAGGAAGGGUGGUUUCCUGCAUUUCUUGGUAGGGUCAUCCUUGCUUUUAAUGUGAUGUUCCAGAAUUAUAUUCACAUUAGGUCAGAGUUCGGGUAUUUAGAUAUGAAUACCCAACCCAAUAAUAUGGAUGACACUCCUUUUCAGCAGUGUCUUCCAUGUUAGAUGCGCAGGGAGAGAAACUAGUUGGCCCUUGGAGGCUUGGCUAGAGCAGCAGGUAAUGAAAUAGCCAGAGAGUGGGAUGGCCCUCCAUUAAUAAUAAUAAUCAUUGUUUCCAGCUAUAUUUUGCUACUUGCAAUUUUCCUCAAUUUAUAACAAUUUACACUCCCAAAGUCAACUGAGAAAUUUAUCAUUAACUCUUGGGGGAAGAAGGAUGAGUAGUGAUAUUUUUGGAUCUCUGGAUUUUAUGUGUCAGUACAAGGAAUGAUUAUCAUUUAAAAUAUAUUUAUUUAGAAGAGGCACAUUGCUGUAGAUGUCUGUGAUACCACAGGUUUUUAAAAUGUUCUUUGUAUGUUUACGUAAGUUUGUUGUUGGUCACUGAAUAUAAUAGACCCUACUGUAGUUUGUCAAAUAUCACUGAUUAAUUAAUUACAUCGUUUGUGUGGGAUUAGCUGUAAAGUAUACUGCUCUUAAUCUUCUUGUUCAGAAUAGCGAACUGGUAGCCAAAAAAUACAUGUAUCACAAAUGUUAGGUAGAAUUUAAACAAUGCAGUCAAGCACUAUAGAAGUUUUUCUGCUACAUUUGUAGACUAAAGAAUGUUAUACCUUAGCCAUGGGGAGCAGCACGUUUUCCUCUGGUAGCGAGGUCUCCACACCAGUGAACAGUGCCAGUUUCCUGCUUUGGACUUAGAGCUGUUCUCUGGUUACUGCAAUACAGAACAGUGUGAAUCCCUGAUUUCCGUAACACGACCUAUUGGAAGUGGGGGUAGUAAAGUGUGUACAGGAAAGAAAUUCCGUCUUGUUAAGCAGAGGAAGCCCCCAAUUUAUAAGCUGAUCAUGUUGCAAAACUCUGUCAACUUGAUUAUUUGCAAACUGGAAUGUAUUUUCUGUUUUAAGCCAGGUUAUACAUGGUGGUUAAACCCCCAGAUCAGCUAGGGAAGAUAUCAAACCCAUAGUUUAGCUGAAAUUGGAUACUAUUCCAAGAUUGUUAAAGAAUCUAACCACUAAAUAUAAUAUUGUUUCUAGGGGUAUUUGUUCAGAGUUGCCAAGAAUGUGCCAUUCCUGUUGGUGGAAUCUGGAUUGUCCACUGCAGCCACACGCCUGCUGGAUGGUGGGCCUACCCUCGCCACCAGUUACAGGUGACCAGAGUGGCCUACAGCAGGGGAGGGGAAGAGUAAGUCCGGGGCCACCAGAGAACCUAGUGGUAGGAGGAGUGUGAAGGAGGAUCAGGGGGCCUCUUGUGAGUUGUAAACCACCAGGAACCAUCCUCAGCUGAUACCUUCUUUUCUCUGGAGGUCACAGGCUUGGUCUGCCUGCUCCUAUUUGUGGGACCUUUUGCUCCUAUAGUUCAUCCCCUCCCCUGCUCACAACACACCCACAAACGAUGUUGCUUCAUAGCCUCUCCCACAUGCCAGUCAUUGGAGCCAGCAUUCAGCACAUAUAAUGGGUUUAGAGCUAAUAAACGGUGGCUUUACUGUCCCGUAAUCAUGUUUUUUACAUGGGCAAGGGGAUGGUCACGGGGCUUGGAGUGGGCAAGGAACUGGUAGGAUUCUCGAUAUUUCAGAGAACAUCACAGUUACCCCAGAACUGACUUUUUUCUGGAGUUGGACUCAAGCCUCUAAGCCAGUGGUUCUCAAAGUGUGGCCCCCAGACCAGCCGCGUCAGCAUUACCUGGGAACAUGUUGGAAUGCACACGCUCAGGUCCCACCCCAGACCCAGUGAAAUCAGACGCUGGGGGGUUGGAGGAGCAAAAGGUGUUUUAACAAGCCCUCCAGGGGAUCUUGAUGCACAUUCAGUUUGAGCACCACUCUGAGCCAGUCAGUCUCUCCUUUGUUCUCCCCAUUAAUCCUACCCAGAGGAUGGUUCAUAGGACUCCUGGGACGAGAAAUGGGAAGAAGAACUUGGGGAGCGGAGGAAACAGCCUCAGCAGCAGAGCCUCCUCCCCCUUCCCGUUGGACUGGCUGAGGCAAGUGCUGUCUGGCGGGUGCUCAGUCUGCUGCAGGUGCUCGGUCUGAGGCAGGUGUUCAGUGGUCAGAGAAAGCUGCCUGUACUCUGGUCCAGCUUUGGGCUAAGGCACAAUAAGUUCACAUUUUUUAGAGCUGUGAAGAAAGUGAAGUGUUACUGUUUUUUGGUUUUGGGUUUUGUUUUGUUUUGUUUUUAAGGGGAAUUAAAAGAAUAUACCCUUUGUAAAUGCAACCUUUGAGGAAAUACUGAGUUCAAGUCGGGAGUAAAUUCUGCAGAAUGUUUGGGUUUAUUGUGUGGUGACCAAUCCUGCCCUCUUUUUAAAGUGAAUUCUCGACUGCAAGGUCUGCACUGACUAAGGAGCUAUACACUACUUUGAAAAGGAUGUAGAACUCAGCUCCAUUUCAGUCUAUCAGAAUACUGAUGGCAUCAUUAAGUGGGGUGGGGAGGAGGUCAGUGAUAUGAUCAGAUAUUUGAUUUUAUGUUUUAGAGCAAAAGCCAUUAGUUUCUCUCAGUUUAUCAUUGUAAAGGGCUUGAGGCUUAGAAAGGGCAUAACAUAAGCCUGAAAGGAUAUAAUUCCCCCAUUCCAGUUCACAGUAAACUUCUAGCCACUUUCAAAAUAAAGAAGAUACAGGCUACAGCUUUAGCAGUGCUAACAAGUGAUGUCCGUAGGGAUGGCAGAUCUGAGAAUCCUUUAGCAAUAGAACAUACUUCCUCUAAAAUACAGUGAAUUAUUUAUGAUAUGAAGCUUUCAGGUGCAAAUUGGGGGUGGGGUGGCUAACAACGGAAAAAUAUCACCAAAUCUAAAAGAGAACGUUCUUGGAAAAUAAAUAAAAUUCACAAGGCUUAGACGUUCUCUUUUGGGGUUUUCUUGGAGGAAGGGCUGUGAAACUGGGCGCAUCCGUAUACAGGCUUGAAUUUAUGUUUUCAAAAGGAAGUAUCUAUGCAGCUGAGGCUUAUUGUAGGAAAUAGUUCAUUUGUAUGUAAAUAUACUGUAAAUAAAUAGGAGGCUGUAUAUUUUUGCAGUUGUUGAUCCACACUGAAAUAGAAGUCUCUAGCAUCUGCAUAUCAAGAAUAAAAGUUUUCUUAGAUAUUAGUGGUUUUGUUUGGGAAUUAGAAAGUUUUACAUUCUCUGCCAGGUAACAUACUCUCAAUAUAAACUUGGAAACUAAAAAUCUUACUUAGUUGUUUAGAAAGAGAAGUCUGAGAAAUACUUGUGUUGAUUUCAUUAAGAUCAAUCAUUUAAAAGAUAUUAAGAUCAAUUAUUAAAAAAAUAGUCCUCUGAGCUACAACUAAGGAAUAUUUAGACUCAAAUUAUUGUCGUAUAGAAAUAGAUAUACCCAAAUGACAAACUGUUUCUUCAUAAUGCUCUUUCAUUGUUAAUACUGAGACCACUGCACAGUGUUUAUCACAAUAGAAGUUGGGGAGGAGAUUGUGGGGUUUCUUUUCAAAACUGAAUUGCUGCAUUUCCCAAACUUUGGGAUCUUUGAAAAGAGGAAAGAAUCUGAACAUAAACGAGGAGCACAAAUUUGAAGAAGGAAAAAAACAUUAUUUUAUCAAGCUUUUGAAAGUCUUGCAUGCUUGCCUUUUUUCGGUGUCGAUGCCAACAUAGACUGUUUAAGUCAUUUUCUCCCCCAAACACUUCAAUCUUCACCAUUGGUAUGUAAUCCACUCGCUGGAGUCCAGUGCAUUUCAGACUUCAUCUAAGUCCAGUACAUGUGGCACGCCACUGUUAUAUUCAUGUAAAAACUGUGUACAUGGAUUUUAGAGGUAUGACUUUAGUGAGUCACAAGUCACCAAACUUUGCUAUUCAUGGUUAAUCGAAUAGAGAUCCCCCCAACCCCCAGGAUGUGGUGUAAAUAAAGAAAUGUAAGAGAUUCUGUUCUAUAACUGCUCUAUUAACAUAGUUUUUAAACAUUAAAAACAUGAACUAAAAGUAUUUAUGAAGUUUGUGUUCAUUCCUUUGGGAUGCAGUACUCAAAGAGGGGCUC